UUCUCUGUAAUUCAUAAAUCCAUAAAAAUGGAUGAUUCAUUUUUCAGGAUUUUCAACCCUUUUUCUAGAAAAAAAUGUUAAAGGAAUAUACUUAAUCAAAAAUGGGUUGCAAAAAUUUAAAACAUCAUUUAAUGUUAAUUUUAUUAAUUCAAUUGUUUCUUUGGGUUACAUUUGUAAAUGGGCAAUUUAUACCAGGACCUCGAAAAGGUCACACGGCAACUCUCAUCGGAGAUAAAAUAUAUUUUAUAGGAGGAUAUAAUUUUACAAAUCCUAAAGAAAGUGAUAUAUUUUAUUAUAAUGGAAUAGCAUGGGUAGAAUUGAAUAAUCAAGUUAGUGGUCAAGGUGCAGAUAUGCCACCUAAACUUGGACAUACAGCUAAUGUAGGAGGACGUAAUCAAGAUUUGAUAUUUAUUAUAGGAGGUGAUGACGAAUUUUCGAAAGUAUAUCAACUUGAUACUAAGACAAAUAAUGUUACUUUACCAACAAUUCUGGGAAUUAUUCCAAAUAAGGAUAGCUUAGUAUUUAUGAGUUCUGUUAGUUAUAAAGGGAAAAUUUAUUUGUUUGGUGGAGGAAAAAUUGAAGCUGAUAUAAUUACUUUGUAUAAUAAUCAUUAUAUUUUUAAUACUAAUAAUUCGAAUUGGGAAGAUGGUAGCUUAGUUGGUGCUCCUCCAGCCAGAUAUAAGCAUACAGCAACAUUAGUUAAUGAAAUGAUAUAUUAUAUUGGUGGUAUACAAAUAAAUAAUUCUUAUGUUUCUUAUACUUUAAUGUCCGAUAUUUAUCAAUAUAAUACUAUCUCAAAUACAUGGUCUUUAGAGGUAGCUACGUUAGCUCCAGGAGAUACUCCAGGACGUAGAGCUGGCCAUUCAGCUGUUUUAGUUGAAGACAAAAUUUGUAUAUUUGGAGGCGCUUACUUUGAUUCAACACCUACAGAAUCAAUCGCUAUGUUGGAUACCAACACUUUAGAAUGGUCAAUACCACAUUUUAAAAAUCCUGAGAGACCAAAUAUGCCAACUUUACCAAACCUAGUUUAUCAUACUGCCACAUUAGUAGAUAAGCGUAUGUUAGUUGCUUUCGGAAAUGAUACGGAUAUUGUUGUUAAUGGAGGAUAUAAAGGAUUAAAUAAUAAUUUUUAUAUAUUUGACUUUAAUAAUAAUGAAUGGUACAUUACAACAGCAGAUGAACUUACGAAUCCAUCUUCUAAUAUUCCAAAGUUAUUUUCUUUCAGCAGUAGUGCAGGAAUAUCAUCGAAUAAACCACUAACUAUUGCUUUAUUAUCAGUUGGAAUAAUACUAGGUGUAGCAAUAGUCGGAACAGUAAUAUUUGUAUAUUAUAAACGUAAGAAAAAUCAAAGUAAAGAAGAUGUCGGUUAUUCGGCAGAUGAUUCAAAUAUUUCUUAUGAUAAAUUUUCAUUCAGUCAACGAUCAACUUUAUAUUCAAGCCAACCAUCAAUGCAAUAUCAAUCUACAUAUCAACAAUUUACACCAGAACAAUGUAUCUCAAAUAUUAAUAAUUUAACUCAGCCUCAAGGAAAUCUUGGUCAAGAAUAUUUUAUUUUACCAAUUCCAUCAGAUGGUGAUAGAUUUUCUAAUCAUUCUUCUAAUUAUUAUCCCGGAAUCGGAACUGAUCCUUAUUCUCAAAGAAGUGAAGUUUCUUCACCCCCUCCCCCUUCAACUGAAGUUUCUCCACCCCUUCCCCCUUCAACUGAUCCUCAUUCUCGAAGAAGUGAAGUUUCUCCACCCCCUCCCCCUUCAACUGAUCCUCAUUCUCAAAGAAGUGAAGUUUCUCCACCCCCUCCCCCUUCAACCGAUCCUCAUUCUCAAAGAAAUGAAGCUCCUCCUCUCCCCACUCCCCCUUCAACUGAUCCUCAUUCUCAAGGAAGUGAAGCUCUUCUCUCCCCCAAGACUCCAUAA